GAAGAAUUCAAAAGGAACUUCCGCUUGGGAAAAAAAUGGCGGCGACCCUUACAGACUCACGUGUUGGCGUCGGGAAGAAAAAGAAAAAGUUACGGAAGAGGAAAAGGGUGAAGAUGAUGGAGGCGGCUUUGUCGUCGGAGUCGGAGCCGGAGCCAGAGCAGGGGGGAGACAGUCCUGGCGGCCGCCGCGGUUCUGUAGGAAGUUGGGAAGUUACCAAAGACCAUUUUUCUUCUGAUGAAGCAAUUGAAGGUGAUAAUGAAGAUGAUACCAUAGCUUAUGACAAAGAAAAUGAAAGUGCAGCAGAAUCUAAUGUUGGGACUAAUGCAGGCUGGGCAGAUGCCAUGGCUAAAAUUCUUAACAAAAAAACUCCUAAAAGUAAACCUACUAUCCUCAUCAAAAACAAAGAGCUGGAGAAGGAAAAAGAGAAAGAAAAACAAGAGAGACUGGAGAAAAGAAAACAGCUUGAUAAGAAGAGGGAAUGGGAAAUGAUGUGCAGAGUGAAGCCAGAUGUUGUCAAAGACAAAGAAGUAGAGAGAAAUCUUCAGAGAAUUGCUACAAGGGGUGUGGUGCAGUUAUUCAAUGCUGUUCGGAAGCACCAGAAGAAUGUUGACGAAAAAAUGAAAGAAGUUGGAGGUUCUGUGAGAAAACGUGCAAAGUUGAUGUCGACUGUCACCAAGAAAGAUUUCAUUAGUGUUCUCAGAGGAGUGGAUGAAAGCAAAGACAGCAGGAGUCCCACAGGCCAGAAUCCAAAAGAUAAACAGGCUAAAGGGAACUCAGAGGAGGGCUCAAGCUGGAACAUACUGCGUGAUGACUUUAUGAUGGGAGCAACAAUGAAAGACUGGGAUAAGGAGAGUGAUGGAGCAGAUAACGCAGAAUGAAGCUGCAGAAGCAACUGACAAAUGACACCAUAGAGAAAUUGGAAUUCUUGAUAAAUUUAUUUUUCUGAAUAAAAGCCAUCUGAGUUUUACAAUAUAGAGAUGGUAAUGCAGAUUCUGUUUAAAGAGAAAACAACAGACUACCUUUAUUUUCACCAACUUCAAAAUUGUUCUUUCACUUAAUUUUUUCUUAGUCUACAUCAGAAUCCAAAACUAUUGUCCAAAACAGUUCUAAUUUUUAGCAUUUCCCCAAAACGUUUUAUAUAUCAAAAUAAAACAGUGCCUCUUAAUAUAUUUUGCCAAGUUCAUUACCAGUUUAAAUAUUAGUUGUGAGUCUUGAUCUAUUCUUGCAUUUCCAAGUUAGUAAUAUGCCUAGAAAUGUUAUUAUCCUAAGGUAAUGAAGAUGACCUAUAUUUAAUUUUUAAUUAAUAUUUACUGCAUAAAGUUUAUGCUUCUACAAGGUAGUGUGUGUGUGCUUAUUCUGAGUAGAUGUCUUUUGUAUUUAGUAUCAUUUUUCUUUUAGAGGGAGUCAGGAAAAAUAUAGGUAAUAAAACAUAAAGUUAGAACUAUAGUUCUGGCUUUGAGUGAUUCAAUUUGAGAGCCAUGGAAAUUUAAUUUAAAAAAAAAAAUUUACAGACCUGCAAGUCAGGGAUUCUUUCUCAUAUUAUGCUCUAGGUUUAUUUUAAACAUGAUAUCAGUUUGGAGACAGGACUGCCAUUGUUUCAGUUUGCCCCCCCUCAAAAAAAAAUCACAUGAUGUCCUGAAGAGUGGGUGAUUUUGUUUGUUUGUUUGUUUGUGGGGAUUUUUUUGGAGGGGGGGCAGUAUGCUGUUCUUUUCUUACUCUGGUUUGAGUAAAGGAAGAACAGAGUUGACAUGUAAGGUAUGUUAUAAAACUAGAAAUAUUGAUGUAAUUCACUGUAUGUAGUAACUGCAAAGAUUAGUAAUUUGGAUGACAUCAAAUGUUUAUCAAAGGUGGAAGAUAAGUUAGGAUUGAAUCUAUAUGGUUUAAAAAUAUUUGUGAACUUGGCUUAUAGGCCAGUUUUUGUAUAGGCCAAACACAGGGCUAUACUGUGAUGAUAUUGAUGCUAAAUAAUUAAAAUUAAAGCUCACACCUUUCAUUUCUCUUAACAAACAGUAAAAUACAAGAGUGUAAGUUACACUAAUUACUCUUUCAUACUAUUUUGCUUAAUUUUUGUGCAAGAUUAUACUUUUGAAUGGUUUAUUUGAGAAUUUGUGAAGGUUUUGUUUACCAUCACAACUGGCUUUUAUAAAAAGAAAAGAAAUUAAAUCAGAGGAUUCAUAGUUCCUUAAUGAAAUAUUUAACAACUUUGGUCAAGUUAAAAUCCAUUCCAUUCUCUAUCAUUGCCCACUAAGAAUAGUUCCUUUGUUAUCCAUGACGUACUUGCAUCUGGUAUAUACUGUAGCAUAAUCUUUCAAAAAAAAAAACCUCUUAAAGCUAAUAGCAAAAACGUUUACAUUUUCAAGCUUAUUAGAGUGUGAAAGAUACUAGAUAUCUAAAGAUACAUUAGCACAUGUCUUGAUAUUAUCAUAAAAUAAUAUACACACCCAGAAUAUCCAGGGCUAAACUUGCAAAGCUCAAGAUGCCUUAAUCCUCACUUCUGAUCGCUUAACAUCAUUAAAUUGUGGAACUGGUAUCUUCUUAGUUAUAACAUAAGCAAAUAUAUUGUCACUAUUAAUAUAACUAGAAUUCAAUAAGUAAAAUUAUGAAGUUCUAAUAGAGGUUAACAUGGCACAGUUAAUGGUGUGUCACUUUCCUUAUAGCACCCAGAGCUUUAUGGUUUUGUUUUUUCAUUAGUCUUUUUAAGUUCUUGAAGUACAUGGUCUCUCUUAUGCCACUAAGCUCUUAAAGUAAGCAAGCGUUCUGUUGAAAAUCAAAUUAAUAUGCCAGAAGCUGGUGAGUUUUAAUUUCUUGUUCAACAAAAAGUUGUUUUGAAGGAGCAUAUCAAGAAGCUGUGGUUCCCUUUUUCAAAGUGAUAAGUAGUUGUGCAGCUUACCAGCAAGGGAGAGGAUCACUUUUUGGAAAUUGUAUUCCUUCACAUUUGAAGCAGAUCUUAAUCCUUAGAAAUCUCCUCUAGAAGAGGGCAGAACAUGCUAUGGUGCUAGUUUUGUCUUAGGUUCUUUAUUACUUUUUUAAAAGGAGAAUUGAUUUGCCACUUACACAGAAAGUAUACCAACUAAGUAAAAUAAGACACCUCCUGGGUGGAGCACACACAUGAGGUACAUGAACAGGUUUUACCUCAAGGACUGAAAGUUUUCUGCAUUUGUGGAGAUUGGUCAAAAGACUACCUGGUAUGAAAAUGAACCUAGCAAUGGAUGUCAUGAAAAAAAAAACAAAAAUAGAGCUAAAGGUUUUUUUUAGCUGUUCCCAUCUAUAUCCAUGUCACAAAAUUGUAUUUACUAAGGAUUUGAAUUCCAUCAUUAAUCAUGGUAGAGAGGAGGGGUAAUGAAAUGGUUACAUUUUUUUUUCCAUAGGAAUGCAUUAGUUACCUCUAAUGCUUUAGAUACCUUUUAUAAAUCCAAUUUUAUUGUCACACUUCAGGGCAGAUUGUUAUAAAUCAUUUAUUCAGCUGAAUAUCAUAAUGUUAGAACCACAUUUCUUUUUGUACUUGUUUAGUUCAGCUUGGUGGUAGAAGCUGAUUUAUUUUGUUAUAAAGCUUGAGGACAUAGUAACCGUAACUUUUGAGUUAUGCUUAUAUAUUUGCUUAUAUAUUUACAGGGAAGCAUUCUCAGCAUUGAGUGUCAUUUGAUUACUGUUAACUUAUUAAGCAAUAAUCUAGAAGUCCAAAUAGUAAUGCCUUUUUUGGACAUGAAAUAUGUUUCAAACAAGUCAUUUUGACAAUCAUGUGGCAGAUUGUCCAGUUAUAUGUAUAGAGGCAGUGUGACAUAGUGGAUAGCAGGCUGACUUUGGAAUCAGGAAGACCUGUGUUCAAGUUCUGUCUCUGGCAUAUAACUAGUUAUGUGACCUUGGACAAAUCACUUAACUUUUAGUGCCUCAGGCAUUUCUCUAAAACUUGAAGUUACUGAUAAAUUGCCUGGCUUCAUCAGUGGACAGAAUUUACAUAUUAUUGGGAAAUCGAAAUAUACAGAUCUUGGACCAUCUUUCUAGUUCCCUAUCAAAAAAGACAAAAAUUACUAGCUGUGUGACCCUGGGCAAGUCACUUAACACCAAUUGCCUUAAAAAAAAAAAAAGACAAAAACUUUACAAUACAGUUGAAAUUACUUGAGUACUGAAUUUAGUUUCAAAUUCUUUACUACGUAAGUCCAAUGUUAAUAUAUUUUUUUAACCAAAAGUAUAUUAGGUACAGCUUCAUUAGCAUGAAGUAGAACAUUAAAUAAAUCAGAAGGCACAUUGGUAGGUAGGAAGAUUUGAAGGUAAGGCUAUCCAUAAAAACAGCUAAUAUGUAGCCACAUGCCAUGGCUGUAGACUCAACUGCCAUUCCUAACCAGUCAUUUUACAAUAGUAUGGUUGUCCUUGAGAAGAUUGGGUUAAAUUUAUGGAUGAUCAAAAAGGCAUUAGCCAACCUAAAUACAUAUUUUAAGUAAUCUGACAUUUUUAUAUGUAUUUUCCUCCCUGUAAAUAGUAAUUUAUAUUUUUGUAAAACUUUUCUUUCUAAAUAUCAGUACCAAUAAAUUUGUUGAAAUUUA